GUCUCGAGGCCUCGUUCGGCUCCUACUUUGGCGCAUUCACAUGCCUCGCUUGGUCGCCCGAUGGUCGAUUCCUCCUCACCGGCUCCGUGCUGCGACGACCUGGUGACGAUCUGGGCGCCGCGCGAAGGACGCAUCGUGGCGCGCUGUCCCGGACACGCCAGCUUCGUGCGCGGCAUCGCCUUUGAUCCGUGGCGCUGGGGCGCCGACGAUCGCAUCUACCGCUUUGCCAGUGUGGGAGAGGACAAUCGCAUCAUCCUGUGGGACUUCUCAAGCGCUGCACUUCAUCGUCCCAAAGGCCACGCGCACGCCCAGUCCUCGUCGCACGGCGCUUCCUCGAAUGCGCUCGGCGCAGCGCACAAGCGUCCCUCGAUCGGCUCCACGCUCUCCCUCUCCGAGGCUCGACGCACCUCGCUCUCCGCUCGCCGCGCGUCCAUGGGCCUCGAACUCGGCAAUGUCUCCUCCGCCAGCGGCGGAGGUGCCUCGGCAUUCGCGCAGGCAGGCGAUGCAGUGUCGCACGAGGCGGCCGGACGAGGCCUGGUGGCCGAACUGCAGCCGAUUGCCUCGUACACGAUUCCGCCGCCGAGCGACGGCGCAAAGGACGAUCUGCUGGCCGCGGUGCGCUUCAACAGAGACGGCCUGCUGCUGCUGCAUCGCACCGGCGCAGUGCGGCAUCUGCAGAGGCCCAAGCAGGCAGAGCGAAACGAGGCGCAACCGAGGAGUAGCAUGGCGGCCAGGAGACACGUGCGCAUGUAGAGGAGAGAGAGAGGGGAAGAGAGACCAGAGAGGGAAGGGCAAACUGACUCGUCAUUGAAAGCAUUCGACUCGAUCUUCCACUGCCCCCCCCCACGCCUCUCGCCUUGAGUGUGAAGC